UGACGUAACCCGUGCGUGGUGACGUCGCGCACUGUACCGGCUGUGGAGUCGCGAGGCAGGAGCUCCUGUUUGUCAUCAAGUGACGAUGUCGUCGUGGUUACAUAUCAGCACCAGGCAGUCGUUCGAGGCUGAGUCGACCUAGGGGGGAGGAGGCCCAGGACCGGUUCAGAAUAAUCGCCGCUGGUCGUGUUGGCGACCGCGUGCGGCAAUCCGAACUCGCUCACAGCUAGGGAAAUUUUACCCCCAGGACACGAGGCAUUGGCUCUACCCCAUCACCCCUCGCACCACCACCAGCAGCCACCACUCUCUGCACCACCACCGCCGCCUCCACUGAAAAAUCCACCACCGCACCCUCCACCAGCAUCAGCACCGCCGCCACCAAAGUCAUCGGCGCACCACCACCGUCACCACCACCGACCUCGCCACCCGCUAUCGCCAGCGCCGCCGCCAUGCUGUUCACGGUGCAGGAGCUGGUGCAGUGGCUGGGCUUCGCGACGUUCGAGAUGGCGCUGCAGCUGCUGGGCGCGCUUGUCUUCUCCGUGCUGCUCGCCUUCAAGGCGGAGCGCCUGCUGCCGCUCGACUGGUGGAAGGUGUUCGUGCCGGUGUUCGUGGCCGACGGCCUCACGGCGUACUUCACCGUCAUCGUCUUCAUCCGGCUCUACCAGGACGGCGAGGUGCGCGUCGCCUGCAUGCGCACCCUCUGGGUGGCCACCGUGCUCAGCCUCAAGUUCGUCUUCGAGAUGCUCCUCUGCCAGAAGCUGGUGCAGCCGGUCACCGACCUCUCCUUCGGCCUCAUCAUGUCGCCGCUCUUCUUCCUGCUGCAGCUGCUGCUGGUGCGGGCCUGCAGGGUCUCGUGACGGGCGCCAGUUGACGGGGCCGCCCACGCAGAGAGAGAGAGAGAGAGACCACUGGAACCACUUGACUAGAGAGCCAGACCCCCCCCUAUCCGAGCCAAGCCAGUGCCGGUGUCUACUCCGGUACGGGCGUUUCAUUUUAUUUUGCCGAGCCGGAACCGAACCGUCAUUCCCGCCGCUCGCCUUCGCAAGAAGACGGCCGAAGCCGGCUUGGGGCCAAGCGGGGCCAGGGGCUGGGGCUGAGGACGCGUGACCUCAGUACGCGGUGAGGACGCGGCCUCGACUUGAGCGAACGAGGGAGAAUCGCCGGUGUCUGUGUGUGUCUUGUGUGUGUCAGUCUGGGGAGCGGUGGCGCAGCGGUGAGCGCGCUUGCGCGACCCGAGUUUGAUCCCUGGCGUCGCCUGCGCUCGUCUUGUUCGUUCACCGCUUGUGACGUCGGUGACCGCGCCGGUUGUGCACCAAAUGUCUAAAUUCCAGCUCUCGGGAAUCGGCUUGUGCGACGAAAAUUUACUCUGUUCCAACGCGUGGCCGAUCGCGGUUGUGCUGCUGCUGUUACGUAGAUCUGCUGUGUUCUGGGUGUGCCACGGUGUGCUAUUCAGCACGUCCUUCCCCCGCACCUUCAUUUAGCACGGUUGGCUAAGUACGGUGCGAAAGAAGUUCAACGCAACAUGUCCAACGUUGCACUCCCGCGUGCUGGGGGCUUCUUCGGCAACUUGAAUUCAAGCGACACGUUUUUUUUCUCCCAGUGUGUAACACGUCAGCACAUACGGUGAGCCGAGCUGCUUGACAUUGCGAGUUGAUGUGUGCAGAGACGGACCAACACCUGUGGGAGUAUCUAUUUGGAGAGCGGAGGCGCCGUGGUUAGCGCGCUGUGCCCCGAACCGGUGACGAACGCCCGGACCGGCCCUGGGCCUCCCUGACGCUGACUCAGCCUUACGAGCACCUGGUACAGUCUGUGAACAUCAGCAUUGGGGAGACAAAGGCAGCCGGGCGUGGUGCUGGCCACCCACCCCCACGUGUUCCGUGCCGGCCUUCACAGGUGCCUGCUAACACUUGCCGCAAGUUUGUUAAAGGCUACACGGGGGAUCUUUGUGUUAGUGUAUAUAUAAAGAUUUUACUGCUUAAGCUCUGAUACAAGUAUUUUUGGGUUCGAUCGCGUAAAUAUACAUGUGCAACGAACAUGUGGCUGCCACCUGAUGAUGCUAGUUGUAAUUAUUGGAGAAACGUCUUACUUGUUGUGGAUUUAGUAACGUAUUCAUUUGAAGCUUUCGUGACUGCAGGAAUCCAUGCUAUCUGGUUCUUUCGGUAAAGUCACGUAGGUAGAAAAAAAUAAUAAAAGAAAACACGACGUUUCGGUCGCAACACAAGCGACGGAAACGUGAGUUUACCGAAAACCAGAUAGUAUAGUAACGUAUUGGCACGUUCUGUUCACGUGACAAACCUUACUAAUUCGCUGUGGCGAAAUUUUGAUUUAAAGCUUUCGUGACUGCAGGGAUUCAUAUUCUUGGUUCUUU